UACCUUCCACUUUCCCUUCCAAUACUGAGGAUAAGCAUAAGCUCGAUAUAAUAAGGAAUAGAAGUCCAGACGCCAGACCGCCCCACUGCCCACUCCUGUGAUUUGCUCUGUGUAAUGAAGAUACCCGACAUUCCUACUAAGGCGCAAUAAAUCCCUCCCUCCAGAUUUAAGGUUACUGCUUCUGUGAGCACCCAUAAACACUUCGUUCUUUAAUCGCUUUUCCCCACAGAUUGGUGAGCUGGGCUUUUAUAGAUUAGAGGGAGGGAGGAUGAUGGCGGUUUCUGAUGCAGUGAUAGGGAAUUUAACGAUGAUCUAUGUCGCAAUUAUCGCCGGGAUUAAGGCGUAUGGGUUAGUCAUUGGGAGGAGCUUCAGCGGGGGAUUUGUAUUGGUUGUGUCCACCACCCUGGUGGGUUUAAUCUUGAUUGCGUCGCUCACUUGGGACUUGUCUCGAAAAGUUACGCACGCAAUAUCGCGAGAUCACAUUCAUGUCCACGAAAUGUGCAAGGGUGGUAUUUGUUGGCAUGGCGUUGCGGUUCGGUCUCCGGCUUCCCAGGUUUGCUUCAGGCUCCCUCAGCAUCAGCAACAUCACGACGGUCCAGCGUAAAAACUCAAGCUCAAAAAGAAAAUGAUGAAUAAGAAUAAUGGUUGUAGAACUGUAAGAUAGAAAAUCUCUUUUUGGUUGUUGGUGUUUCACGUUUGUAGCUGGGGCUUACGAUGCCUUUACGUUGGAAAAGGCAUCACCCAUGAGGUGUUUGCUUUUUUGUUUGAGAGGAAUAGAAAUUUGAUAAUGUAUGUAAAUAAUAAAAAGAGAAUGAUGUUUGUGCAUAAA